AUGGAUAAUAAAGUUUUAUGCACUUGUAUUUUUUGCAUGCAAGAAACUAAUGGUUGUGAUAAAAUGUUAAGUAUCUCUACUCGAACAAGGCAUAGGAAGCGAGAAAAAAAUCUUCAAAAUUCUUAUCCAAGUUCAAAUAAUACAUCUAAUAAUAUUUUGAAUAAUCAAAUAAAUAUUGAAAGUAUGGAGGAUAUUGAGGAAAAUAUUGAACAAA